AUGACUAAAUUGUGUCUACACUGUCGCGCUUUGAAGUUUCAAAAAGAAGCGCCUGGCAUGUGUUGCUCCAAUGGCAAAAUCAAUUUGCCACCACUGACUGAACCACCAGAACCACUGCUCACUUACGUUGCUGGAGUUACUCGGGAGUCCAAACACUUUCUACAGCAUAUUCGGAAAUACAACUCAUGCUUUCAGAUGACAUCGUUUGGAGCGACGAAUAUUGUGAGAUAUAAUAAUUUUAUGCCCACAUUUAAAGUGCAAGGACAAAUGUAUCAUCAGAUUGGUUCACUCCUUCCAGUAUCCAAAGAAGAUCCGCAAUUUUUGCAAAUUUAUUUCAUGGACAAUGUGGAGAAGGAGAUUGAUCGACGAUGCGCAUUUAGUAUAGCAACAGAUCGAAAGAUUAUUGCUGAAUUACGAGCAUUAUUCCACGAGCACAACUGUUUGGUCCGAGAUUUCAAAUCCGCAUUGGAGAAUGUAAGAGCGGAUGACUUUAAACUCAUUAUCAGAGCAGACAAAACCCCAUCGAAUGAGCAUGAAAGACGCUUCAAUGCUCCAAUAGCCCCUGAAGUAGCAGCUGUAAUUGUCGGUACAGAAAUUACUCGGCGAGAUAUUGUUAUCAGCAGGCGAAAUCAAACCAAGCAACGUAUUGCUGAAACACAUCGAUCGUACGACGCACUUCAAUAUCCAAUUCUAUUUCCGCGAGGAGAAGACGGUUAUCAUCUCGAAUUGUAUCAAACUCAUCCCGUCACAGGUGCUGCGACAACGAAAAAAGUCAGUUGUAUGGAUUUUUAUGCAUAUCGCAUCAUGAUUCGAGCUGAACAAUCCAACCAUAUCUUAAAGUGUCGUCAUGUUUUUCAACAAUUCAUCGUUGAUAUGUACGCCAAAGUCGAAAGCGAACGACUCAAUUACAUUCGUUACAAUCAAUCGAAGCUUCGAGUCGAAGAUUAUUUUCAUUUGCGAGAUGCAAUCGCGAAUGAUGGAACAAUUGGUAAUAUUGGACAAACGGUUAUACUUCCAGCUUCGUAUACUGGAAGUCCAAGACAUAUGCAAGAAUAUGCUCAGGAUUCUCUGACAUAUGUUCGCAGAUAUGGACGUCCAGAUCUUUUCAUCACGUUCACGUGCAAUCCAUCUUGGUGUGAAAUCAAAGAUUUACUUUUGCCUGGCCAGCAACCAUCUGAUCGGCAUGACCUCACAGCGAGAGUUUUCAAACAAAAAUUGAUACGUUUUAUGGAUCUCAUCACUAAGAACCAUAUAUAUGGAGAAACUCGCUGUUGGAUGUAUUCCAUCGAAUGGCAGAAAAGAGAUCUACCACAUGCUCAUAUCUUAAUUUGGUUGGUUGAAAAAAUUGUUCCAACUCAAAUUGAUGAUAUCAUUACUGCUGAGCUGCCCAACGCAGAAGAAGAUCCAGAAUUAUUUGAAAUUGUGAAAAAAAUAUGA